AAAUUGUGGUUCAAAGUGCAACCUAGCGGUAAAGGAUCAAAGCUAUCCUUGGAUGAUUUACGCCAUCAAUGAAAACGCCCGAUAUAAUUCUAGGACAGAUUUUGACGAAAAAGAUCAUUUUAAAGACGAAGGCUUGAUUUAUAUGGUUUAUGCAAUGGAAAAGAAGAAAAAAUAAAAAAUCUUUCCAAGGUUCAGCACUGUACGAAACGUUUUCUUCGCAAAAGAACGUCGAAAAGCAGAAAUUUGACUUCAACGAUUAGUCCAGGAAUAAUUCUUGACCGAUCUUUGAUGAAAAAUAAAAUCACCUCAUUUUAAAAAUAAUAAGAUCUAAGUCUCGUUCCUGUUUCGACUUCGACUCUUUAAAAGGACUUUAUUUUUGAUGCAUAAACUAUUCUCGCCAAAGAGCAUUAUCUUUCAAAACUCAUCCUACUACGAUCCAUUAUAAGAAUGCGUUGCGCUUUGUUGUGUUUGCAUAUGGGACACGUGAUGGAAGCUUUAUCGUUCGUUCAUAUUUUAUGUCUCUAACCUAAAAGCAUGAAGCUUUUGAGUCUGAGAAUGUAGAUAUAUUAAUUUCGAUGAGACAAUGUCGUAUCAAAAUUCACCGUUUUCAACGAUGUACACCCAAGAAGAUUAUGACAUCGACGAAGAUAAUGAGGAAUACGUCGAGGAAGAUCGUGAUGCGGAGGAACAGGACGAUAGCGAUGAAGACACGGAAGAAGCUAGCGAGACCGAUAUGGGAAAAUCCGAGGAAUAUACGGAAAUAAAAGAACAGGUAUAUCAAGACAAAUUAGCUAAUUUAAAGAAGCAGUUGCAACAACUGAAGGAUGGCACUCAUCCGGAAUAUAAUCGCAAACUAAAACGCUUAGAAGCACAAUACAAAGAGAGGUUGCGCCUCAAUAUAAUCUAUAGAGAUUAUUUAACAGAGUGGGUCGAGAGAGAUUACAUACUCGAGAAGAAAGCGGCCGCUAAAGAAUUUGAGGAAAAGAAAAUAGAUUUGAAAGAAAACUUACUGACUGAUAUGGAAGAAAAAAGGAAAAUGAUAGAAUCUGAUCGUCAUACAAUGGAACUUACAGGGGAUUCGAUGGAGGUAAAGCCAGUAAUGACGAGAAAAUUACGUAGACGGCCGAAUGAUCCAGUACCCGAAAAAGUUGAGAAACGUAGAAAGCCGCCUCCUGCACAAUUGAACUAUCUAUUGGAUGAAAAAGAAAUAGAAAGUGAUUUGAAGGCUAUUAGUCGAGGUAAAAUUUUAACGACAAUAAGGAAACCAGUAGUGUUACCGCAUUACAAUACGGUAAAUAUACAAUCUCAACAUAUUUCGCCGUCUACCGACGCAUCUCUAGUGGAAACAAGGAUAGAAGGCGGAAAACUCUUAUACGAAAGAAGAUGGUUCCAUCGUGGACAACCGGUAUAUGUAGAGGGACAAGACUUGACAAGAUUUGCAGCAAACAUAUCAGCGAUCGGGACAGAAGCUAUAUGGGUGAAAAAAAUCUCGGAUGGAAGCAAAGUCAGGAUUUACAUAUCACAACUGAGUCGUGGCAAGAUUUCUAUAAAACGCCGAGCAGCGUAACUCUUCAAUGGCAUUCGCAUAUAUAUUUGUAUACGUAUGUACGUAUCUACGUAUGUAUGUACGUACGUAUGUAUGUAUGUAUGUAUGUAUGUAUAUAUAUGUAUGUUUGUAUAUAUACCGCUCUAUGAUUUUAAUUGUCAAAUAAUGAUCAAACUUGUGAUAUAUUAGAUUUAUAGUUUAUUGAAGUUCUAUUCUGCAAAGGCAAUGUAAUUUUCACCGCGCUUGUUUUCUGCCACCAAUAGAACCAAAUUUUUUGAUGAUUCUGAAUUGCCAUGUAUAUCCAUAGAAAAUAUGAGAAAAUUAAUAAUGCCAUCAUUACUAGCAAAGAAUAAGUAGUCCAUCGUGCUGGGGGAAAAUUAUUGUAAUUAUUCAUUGCAUAAAAAUCAGCCCCGACCACGCAAAUGUAUGAACAUAUUAUAGUCAGUGGUGUGACAAUGAUACAGCGAAGUAAAUCUGUUCUCAAAUUGCGCAUGUAUAAUUGGCGUUGAUGUUGACUAAUGCACAGCCAAAUAAUAAUAGAUGUAAUAGCUUUAUAACGUGGUGUGCGUUCAACUUGAAAUACGUGUCCGCACAAUUCGCAGCUAUUUCUAUUGCUUUCCUCUAACCAAUGUUCCAAACAUUUCACAUGAAUAGCACCCAUUGUUCCCUAUAAAUAAUAUAUACAAAUUUCAUAUACAAGCGACAUAUUUAUUUUUCUAUAGUUAAUAAAAUUCAAGUGGACGAAA